AGACGCUGAGCGCUCUCAGUGCGCAGCGCCAGGCGCAGCUGGGCUCCCGGGCCGCUGAGCUCCCCGGGGUGCGGACCCAGUGCCGUUCUGCCAGGGGGGAUCGCCGCGCUUUCAAGUUCUUGCUCCCGCCAGGAAUUGAGCCACCGAGAGCUGCCUUCUGGUUCUAGCUCCUGCUUCCCACUUUGGAAUGUGCCGCUUGGGGAAGUGAGAAGCCGGGGCUCGGGGAGGAGUCCUCGUACUGAGUUUCUGCAGUUUCCAAAGUUAAAAAAUUGUGACAAACUGGAACUCCCAGAGCCUGGGAGUUAAGCCUGAAACGACCUGUUGCUUUAAGCGGCGCGGUGGGGAGUAGCUGGACACUCCUCAUUUUGGUUUUACAUUAAAAAGAGGGAGGCGGAGAAGAUGUUGUAGGUUACUUGCUAGCCGUGCAAAUUGCUGCCGGGCUGUGAAUGAAUGGUGUUAAUUUCUGAAGUGGGCGAUUCCAAAUACAUAACAAAGGUCUUCGCUGGGAGCUGCUUCUGUGAUACCUGCAUCAACAGGGGGCAGUUGGUGAUAUUCAACUUGUGGCUAAUCCGACCCAAGAAUCCUUGGCAGGAUCAGUCUCAAGCCUCUCGGAUUUCGUCUCGAAGGGUACUCCAAAAGUUGAACUGAGAAAUCCCAAGCAAGCUGCCUGAAUUCUCCUGCAUAUUCUUGUUCCACACCCCAAAAAGGACCAGAAAAAUCGAACUGGUGGUUUUGGCAAGUUUCUUCAAGUUCAUUCUGGAAGAGCCUUCACAAACCUAUAUGGCCAAGAGUUAAAUGAGGAACAGGCUUACACUUGGAUGCCCGAGCCACAUCACCAGUGGAGAAACCAUGCUGCCAGGCACCUUACCUGCUGCAGAGGGAAUCUGGAAGACUCUGGUACACCAGUCUAUGCCAGAACUCACAGGGUCUCCACCAGCCGUGGAUGCCUUUGACAUUAUGACUGCAGAAGAUUCCACCGCAGCCAUGAGCAGCGACUCGGCCCCUGCGUCCUCGGCCAAGGUGCCGGAGGGCGUGGCCGGCGCCCCCAACGAGGCUGCGCUGCUGGCGCUGCUGGCGCGCACGGGCUACACCAUGGUGCAGGAGAACGGGCAGCGCAAGUACGGCGGCCCGCCACCGGGCUGGGAGGGCCCGCACCCGCAGCGCGGCUGCGAGGUCUUCGUGGGCAAGAUCCCGCGCGACGUGUACGAGGAUGAGCUGGUGCCCGUGUUCGAGACCGUGGGCCGCAUCUACGAGCUGCGCCUCAUGAUGGACUUCGACGGCAAGAACCGGGGCUAUGCCUUCGUCAUGUACUGCCACAAGAAUGAGGCCAAGCGCGCUGUGCGCGAGCUCAACAACUACGAGAUCCGCCCGGGCCGUCUGCUCGGCGUGUGCUGCAGUGUCGACAACUGCCGCCUUUUCAUCGGAGGCAUUCCCAAGAUGAAAAAGCGUGAGGAGAUCCUGGAGGAGAUCGCCAAGGUCACCGAGGGCGUGCUCGAUGUGAUCGUCUACGCUAGUGCAGCCGACAAGAUGAAAAACCGCGGCUUCGCUUUCGUGGAGUACGAGAGCCACCGGGCCGCGGCCAUGGCGCGCCGCAAGCUCAUGCCCGGCCGCAUCCAGCUGUGGGGCCACCAGAUCGCUGUGGAUUGGGCCGAACCUGAGAUCGACGUGGACGAGGACGUGAUGGAGACCGUGAAGAUCCUUUAUGUGCGGAACCUCAUGAUGGAGACCACAGAGGACACCAUCAAGAAAAUCUUUGGCCAGUUCAACCCAGGCUGCGUGGAGCGCGUCAAAAAGAUCCGCGACUACGCUUUCGUGCACUUCGCCAGCCGGGAGGACGCCGUGCACGCCAUGAAGAAACUCAACGGCACAGACCUGGAGGGCUCAUGCCUCGAGGUGACGCUGGCCAAGCCGGUGGACAAGGAGCAGUAUUCCCGCUACCAGAAGGCGGCCAAGGGCGGCGCGGUGGCUGAAGGGGCUGCUGUGCAGUCACCUGGCUACGUGUACUCGUGCGACCCCUACACAUUGGCCUACUAUAGCUACCCCUACAACGCGCUCAUCGGCCCCAACAGGGACUACUUCGUGAAAGCAGGCAGCAUAAGAGGCCGGGGUCGAGGUGCAGCUGGCAACAGAGCCCCGGGGCCCAGGGGUUCUUACCUCGGGGGAUAUUCUGCCGGCCGUGGUAUAUACAGCCGAUAUCAUGAAGGGAAAGGAAAGCAGCAAGAAAAAGGAUAUGAACUUGUACCGAAUUUGGAAAUCUCUACUGUCAAUCCAGUUGCCAUUAAACCUGGUACAGUGGCCAUCCCUGCUAUUGGGGCCCAGUACUCCAUGUUUCAGGCAGCUCCUGCUCCUAAAAUGAUCGAAGACGGCAAAAUCCACGCAAUGGAGCACAUGAUCAGCCCCAUCGCGGUGCAGCCAGACCCAGCCAGCGCUGCCGCCGCCGCCGCCGCCGCUGCAGCUGCCGCCGUCAUUCCUGCGGUGUCCACGCCGCCGCCUUUCCAGGGCCGCCCAAUAACUCCUGUCUACACCGUGGCUCCCAACGUGCAAAGAAUCCCCGCCGCCGGGAUCUACGGGGCCAGUUACGUCCCGUUCGCUGCUCCGGCCACAGCCACGAUCGCCACACUACAGAAGAACGCGGCCGCGGCCGCCGCCGUCUACGGAGGGUACGCAGGCUACAUACCUCAGGCCUUCCCCGCUGCUGCUAUCCAGGUCCCCAUCCACGACGUGUACCAGACGUACUGACGGCGGGGGCGCGCGCGGGCCGCCCGGGAGACGACCGCUGAAGGAACACUUACUAUUUAUGAAGAAAGAACAUGGGGGCUCGGCACACACACGCAACCUGCAAGUGAAGAAUGUAAUGCAGCAUCAUCCUGCAAUAUUUUGUACACAUGAAGUUUUCACUAGUUUUUUUUUAAGACUGUUUUCCAGGUAGCAGGCCUGUGUUCAUACAUUUCCAAGAGACUCGCGUGGGUUCGUGCCUUAAUGACCAUCUCUUAAAACCUUUGUAUGCUGUAGUACGUUUGUAUAGAGGUUUUUGUUUUUGUAUUUUUUAAGGAUAUAUUUUCAGUAUGAAGGUUAUUUUCUUAACUUCUGCACUCCAGAGAUUUCUAUUUUGUAGUACCUUCAAUAAUAUAUCAACUAUAUAUUAAAAAGCACACUUGAGCAGCUAGGGAAGCAUUUUGAAAAGUAUAGUCAAUAUUUAAAGAUACAAACAAUAGUGCUUUAAAAUACUACAGAAAAUGUUAUUUUAAAAAUUAUACUGGAAAGUGCAAUUUUAAAAUGAGUAAAACCUCUAUUUUUGCUGGCAUUAAGGGUAGACGGUGUUACCAUGUGUUAUCCGUGAUGGUUCUAUUUUUUUUUUUUAUUUAAGAAAUUAAACACUCAGUCUCUCCUUAAGCCAACAUUGAAAAGACUUGUCACACUUCUGAGUCCACACACUGGAAAGCUCUCACCUGCCACCAUCACUUUGGGCCCCUGCUCAUUCUCCGUUUGACUUUACUCUUAAACUUGAUGUUCCCUCCACACUCCCCCCCUCACCCCUUCCUUCUGUCCCCAGCCCUGCCCCCCUGUGUGGCAAAUCUAGAGCAAAUGAAUUUCUCGGGUAGAGAAAACAUUGAUGGCUUUUGUACUUCUUCCUGGGAUUUUGUUGCUUGUUUUUUUUUUUUUUUUUAUUUGGGUUGGGGACAUUAUUUUCAAUAGAACUGAUGGGUAAGCCCAAGACUUCAAUAGUUUUCCUAAGACAUUUUUGCAUUGCUAUUUAAUUGUCCAAUAUAAAACUUCAGUUCCACUUCUACUGCUUUAUUUUAUUUGUUUUUGAAGUAUAAGUUUGUAGAGACGAUGAAUGUUAUUGCGGCAAGGCCCCCCAGAGACUUUUGUUGCAGAAAGUUAAUGCUUCUAGUUGCCUUAUCACGUUUCUUGCAAAAUGUGGUGUUGGAAAUGCUGUUUAGGGAACAGGGCUUCCCUGUGUUGCUUUGCAAGUGACAGGAGAACUGAAUGUGGCGGGGGCAGGCACACUGUGGGGGGUGAAGAGGAGGAGGAGAGAGCGCUGCAGGAGUUAAGAGUUUGUAUGCAGGAGUUAAGAGUUUGUAAAUAUCUCCUAAUGCUUUUAGGUUUUUUUAUGUUGCAGAAGUUCAUGAUAUAUAGUUUAAUGCAAAGUGAAACCAUUUUAUUUUGAUGUUAUUACAAGUUUUGUUUUAUUAGGAAGUAAAUAUGUUGUUGCAGUGUUUUGUGCCUGUUUAAAGGCUUUUGCUUAGCAGAGUGAAUGUAAAAUACAGUAAAAUAUUAAGACUGUCAUCUACUUUAUGAAAUACAUCAACUUGGAACUUUUUUAAAGGCUCGAGCAAGGAAGUGAGGUAUGCAAUAGAUAGCAGGAAACGCAGUUGUGUUUUUAUGUCAUAUUAUCGAUCCAUAAAAUCUUUCCACUCACUGCA